GAGCCGCCUGGACCCGCCGGUUUUGAAAUGGAGUCGGAAGUGUUGGAUGCAAGCAACCCCUUUAUAGUAGAAGGCGACCACCUGAUUCUAGACCAAGACCCAUAUGAGACCGACAUCUAUGAAGUCCCGGACCCGGGGUUCCUCAAGGAAGAGAGGGAGUCGUCAUUUUCGGAGCGGGCCCCACAGCUUAUUACCAACAACUCGCGGUGGCAGAACAUGGCUCUGAGUGCCCGUGCCCGCCAGCUGUGGCUGCUCCUGCGUACAGGCCUCCAGACCUUUGUGGAAAAGGAAAAGCGAGCUGAGCUGCGUGUGGCGCGCUUGACGCACGGGCUGGAACCCCUGCGGCACCUGGAGGUGGCAGCCGGGCUGUGUUCGGUGGCACAGGACCCCGUGGGCAGACGCUUCGUGGUGCUGGAUGGUGCAGGCCGCCUGCACCUGCACAGGGAGGAUGGCUGGGCACAAGAGAAGCUGCUGGCUCCAGUUGCACUUACAGGGCUAGUGGCAGUGCUGGGCCCUCUGGGCACUGUGGGCCGCUUUGUGGGCUGGGGCCCAGUGGGGCUGGCCAUACUAAAGUCCGACCUUAGCCUACUGUGGCUGAGUAAGCCAGGGAAGCACGGGGUGCCAGGCCGCGAGCCCAUCUGCUGCCUGCCGGUGCCAGAUCCAGGGCUGCUGCUGGUGGCGGAGGCAGGCGGAAGCCUGGUGCUCUGGAAGUUCCGUUCAGGGGGCCGCUGCCUGGUUCCCCACGGGUCACCUCUUCAGCUACCGCCAAGCACCUCGGGUGCGCUUGCGCGUCUGGCUCUGGGGCCUCGGCCUCCCCAUCAUGACCCAUGCUGCUUCGCAGCCUAUGGCUCAGCCGUGCUCACCUUUGAUCUGCAAACCUGGGCUCUCAUAGAUGUGCGUCGGAAUCUGCACAAAACCACCAUCUUCGACCUGGCGUACUGUAAAGAGGUAGAGGCUAUGGUGACAGCUUCCCGGGACAGCACGGUGAAAGUGUGGGAGGCUGACUGGCAGAUCCGGAUGGUGUUCGUGGGACACAGAGGCCCGGUGACCGCGGUGGCCGUGCUCCCGAACACAGCCCUGGUGUUGUCGGCUUCACAGGACGGGACGCUGCGCACGUGGGACCUGCAGGCAGCGGCGCAGGUGGGUGAGGUGGCGCUCACCUGCUGGGGCCGCGGCGUGCCAUCGGAGAGUGUGAGCCGUCUGCUGGCCCCUGCAGGCCCGGGCUGGCCCUUGCUCUCCUUGGGGGCCCACAGUGUGGGGCUGUGGCGUGCGCGGGAGCUCUACUCGCCAUUGGCGCAGCUGUCUGCGCCGGUGCUCCACCUGCAGUUGGCGCCGGCGCUGCCCAAGCCCACCGCCCCGCACGCGGUGCUGCCCACCCGCCUCGUGUGCGCCUGCGCCGACGGCUCAGUGUACCUGGUGUCGGUCACUGGCGGACACACCGUGAGCGCGCUUCUGCUGGAGCCCGAUGACUGCGCGGCCGCCGUGGCCUACUGCCUGCCUCGUGAGGCGCUGUGGGUGCUGACACGCGCCGGACACCUGCUGUGUGCCAAUGCAGCACGCUCCCCAAUGCGGGUGCUGCACCGCCUGUGCCCACCUCCACCGCCCGCGCCCCAGCCCUGCUGCCUGCACCUCUACAGCCACCUCACGGACCCCGCCAGCGCGUUCACCAACUGGGAGAUAGUGUGCCAGUACAAGGGCGAGCUGUGCCGCAGCGAUGUGGCCUGGGCCUGGAAGGACAAGAACCGGUACCUGCCCGUGGUGGGGCACACUGACGGCACCUUGUCUGUACUCGAGUUGCGCUCCUCCAAGACGGUCUUCCGAACGGAGGCACACAGCCCGGGCCCUGUCACUGCCAUCGCAUCCACCUGGAACAGCAUCGUGUCCUCUGGGGGAGACCUGACUGUGAAGAUGUGGCGCGUCUUCCCCUACGCCGAGGAAAGCCUGAGCCCCCUGCGCACCUUCUGCUGCUGCCACCCGGCAGUGGUGCUCUGUGCCCUUGGCAAGCGCGUCACGGUGGGCUUCGAGGACCUGAACAGCGCCACCUAUGGCCUGGUGCAGUUUGGCCUAGGCAGCAGCCCUCGCUAUGAUCACCGACCCCAGGAUGACCCCACGGACCGCAUCACCGGCCUGUGCUGCUGUCCCACGCUCAAGCUGUAUGCCUGUUCCAGCCUGGACUGCACCAUCCGCAUCUGGACAGCGGAGAACAAGCUGCUGCGGUGGGCUGGGGAGGGGUGGGGGCGGGGAGCAGCUGCCUGGGUUUCCCGCCUUCACCCUACUGGAGCCCGGCAGCUGGAGAGGGUGCAGGGGUGGCCGGGGCCUUGCCUCUGUUCCUGCCUUGGUGUUCUACUCAGAGAAGCAGGGCUGGACUCUCACCCUGAACCCCCUUCCAGGCUCCUACAUCUGAACGGUGCCCCUCAGGCCCUAACCUUCUGCAGCAACAGUGGGGACCUUGUCCUGGCACUGGGCUCCCGCCUCUGCCUGGUGGACCACAGACUCUACCUGCCCACAUCUUACCUACUUAAGAAGCUGUGCCAAGAGGACCCUGAUAAGGUGAAUGAUCCUCCACUGCCGCUGACCAGCCAGGAGUCACUGACCGCAGCCCAGCUACAGAGGCUUGCCAACCUGCGUGGGGUGGCCAGCCUCAGCACAGCCUUGUGUUUCAUCCAUCGCCGGACAACAGCUCCUCAGCAGCCAGUGUUGGAGGAGGUGGGGUGGCUCCCAGUGCCCCCCCAGUCCCCAAGCUCAGGGCCCUCCCCUUCAGUCCCUGGGGCAGGUCUGGGAUCCCUGCACUUCUCUGGGUGGCACACGACAAGUCUCAAGGAAGAGUGAGCUGACUCCUGACCCCUACCCCAGGACUUGGAAGUCCUGGUUGCCCGGAACCAAGACCUUCAGCAAUUGAGACUGGGGCUGGAGAACCCAGCAGCCCGGCCCCAGCUGACUUGGCAGCAGCGCCAGCAGGCCUUUGAUAACUACCUACAUCUGAUCUACGGCCCAGGCAUGCUGGGUCUGGAUUCUGAAGCAGAGCCCCAGCAGCAGUGGGGCACGGUGGCUCUCACAGUGGAGAAAGAGACCUGGGACCCAAGUGCCCAGCCCAGAGAUGGCCCUGCUCUCAGGGGCACUGAAGCCCUACCACUGCAGGACAUGGGGACCCUGGGCAGGCGCUUUGCCCGCCUGCCCCGAGUCCCCUUGCCUCUCCCACCCACCUACCGGAGGGUGCACAGCAAAGCAUCCCAGCUACUGGCCCGCUCCUCCCUGAGCUGCGAGCUGGGUCUUGGUCUGGACCUGCAGCUGCAGUGGGACCGGCUCAGCGAGAAGCCUCUGGCCUGGGAUCUACCAUCUCCCAACCUGGGGCAGAGCAGGACCUCCCUGCUGCUGCAGAGGCGGCCCCAAGAGCUUCUCUCCAACCUCAGUGGCUUCUUCCCUGCCACCAUCCAUCCUUACAAGUACUGGCGGUGGCCCAUCCGCUUCCCGGGCUGCGUGCCCAACUCGGUGGUGCUGCAGCAGAUGUGGCCACCUGAGGAGGUCAGCGGCCUCGGAGCCCUCCGAGGGUUCUCAGGCAGCCACGAGAGCAAGCAGCGUGGGGACCAGGAGGACCUGUGGCUGUUGCGGGGCAUCAGGCGGCGCCGCACCAAGAAGCAGCAGAAGCUGAUCCAAUGGCUGAGGGACGAGGAGGACGAGGACGAGGAGGAGCUCGAACUGGACUGGGGCUCGGAGUCCCCAAGUUCCCCGCACAGGCUGCCCUCUGACCCGCUGCUGGUGCCCAUGAGGCUGCGGGCGCAGAGUGCCAAGGACCCUAUCCUGAGCCUCAAGAGCACCCAUGAGGACACUGCCAGGACCGAGACCUACCUUCACCACCCCCAGUUCCACCACACACAAUUGCUCUGGGAGCAGCGCUAUGGGCAUCUGCCGAAGUUCCUGCAGUUCUUCGUUGAGCAAAACUGGUUUAAAAAGCUCUUCCCCAUCUUCACCCUGCAGGCCUACCCCAAGAUGGGCACGGUGGAGGGCCUGGCCUCGGCGUUCAUGGACCUGCUGGAGGAGGCCUCCUGGGCUGACCGCGUUCAUGUACUGCGCGCGCUGCUGCGGCUGCUGCCAGACCUCAGCAGGGAGUUCUGUAGCCGGCUGCAGGGCACUCUCCUGCACUUGCUCAACCUGGAGCAGCCCCCCAGCCUGCAGGACCCGGUCCAGAAACAGUUUGUGAUGCUGGCGCUGCAGCUGCUCCUGGCGUGCUCCCUGGAGUCCCGCGAGGUGGUGCUGGAGCUGAUGUCCUACUUCCUCUACUCGCCAGCCCCCUGCCGGCCGGAGCUCAGGAAACUGCUGGAUGGACUCGGCCUUCAGGACCCGCAGGGCUUCCUGUUCAAGGAAAUGAUGACCUGGGUCCAGGGCCCAGACCCCGAGUCCAAGGCCACACUGCGCAGGCGCUGCUGCCAGAAGCUGGAGGAAAUGAUACAGCAGCUGCAGGUCUGGGUGGGCCAGGUGGGGGUAGGGCUGGGCAGCCUACCCAUGGAGCCUCUUGUCUUCUCCCCAGGCUUUCCCCAAGUCCGGGGGGGGCGGAGGAGGGAACCAGGUGAGGCCAGCGGGCUCCUCUCCCUACUCCCACUCUGUGCCUCCUCCGUCCUCCCCUACCCUGUCCCUGUCUCCCAGGAUCUUCCUGUACCUCCCCAGGCAGAGGGGAAGGUGGGGUCUCUGCCUUGGACCCUGGUGCACCCUCCCCUAGCUGUCUCUCCUGCAGAAGGAGACCUUGCAGCUGUCUGUAGCCAAUUGUCAGAGGUGCUGCCCAAGGUCUCAGAGACCUCAGGACUUCAGCCCCCUUCUAAAGAGGCCCUGUCGCAGAUCUCGAUGCUCUCUGGGGCAGCUGGUCACGUCUCUGUGACAUCCUCCAACAUCUCCCAGACACCCUCUCUGGUGGUCUCACCGGGGGUAUCAGACUUGACCACCCUGGAGCCCCAAGCCCAGCAGACACUGGCACAGCUGCACUUUGCGCGGACCCAACGUGCGCUGUCGGAGACCCUGAUGCGCUUCUGCCUCCAGCCUGAGGUCUUGCGGUCCUCUGCACCUGCCAUACUGCCCCAUGAGAUGCCGCCGCGUGAGAUGCCACCCCAUGAGAUGCUGCCCCUGGCGCAGAUGGUCUGGUCACAGUCCAAAAUGCUGGACCUGGGGCCCAUUGAUGCACUCAACUUCUUUUGUGAGCAGCAGCGCAUUCGGCAGCAGGGGCCCCUGCCUGAGGAGCCCUACAGCCCACCCCCAGGCCCUGCCCCGCCCCCGAAGGUCCGUGGCAUGGUGGUUCCACAGUCCCUGGAUCCCCGGCACGACCGCAUCCUCCGGCUUCAGGAGGCCAGGGUCCAGAGGCCUCCCAUGAGACUGAGGGGCCGAAUGCUGUCCCGGCUCUGGGUGGACCGCUCCCUGGACAGCACCAUCCGCAUACUGAAGCUGCCAUUGCCCCGGGUGGAACUGCAGCCUUUCCCCCCAAACUGGCCCAGGUCUGCCCGUCCGCUGCCCCCUCGGCUCCUGCAGCCUGCCCUGCAGCGCUACUUUCUGCCAGAUGACACCGACCCUGACAGCUACCGCUGACCCAGCGAGUGGCCUUGGCCUGGCCCUGCCUCCCCCUUCCCUCCAGCAUGGAGUCAAGACACAGCUCUCCAGCUGGAUAUUUGCCCCAGCUAAGGCUCAGGGCUGGAAUAAAGUCCAGAGGCCACAACCCACA